AUGAAGGCUUCCCUCGGUCUGUUGGCCGGCCUGACGGCAUGCAUUUUCGCGGAAAAUUGCGAUCCUAUCGCAUACGAGCAGUCCAAUCCAUACGGCUUAGCAGAGACAAAAGACCCCAAAGUCGUGGAGAAGCUGGACAAAUACCUAUCGGACACUAGAUGCCACAUGAGAUCCGACGAGAUUGAGGACGAUGUGAAGGAGCAGUGCAAGAACGUAUGCAUGCCAGGUGACAGCACAGAAGAGGGCCAGAUUGUUGUGUCUUCUCAAAGUUGCAUCUUUGGUGACAACCCCUGGUACCCGUUAGGUGGAUUGCAUCCCCUCCUGUGCGGUGAAGACAAAACGUACAACGGUUUGAUGAUUAAGUCAGGCCACUGCGCUUGUGAUCUUCCAAUUCUGGAAUUUGCGGGUGAAUUCUUCAUCGAAGGACUCGCCGAAGCUGGCAAGAUCCUCGAGAAGGUGCUUUGUCCCGCGUUGAAAGCCCUCGACGUAGUAAUGGCCAUUGGGAUGGCAGCACUUCCCCCACCAGGACGAGCCAUCACAGGUGGAAUGGUGGCCGCUAUCCGAUCAGCAAAGGCGUACAAGUACGCCCAUGAAGCGCAAGACGCUGCGCAAGAGUGGGCCGACUUCUUCCUCAGUGGUGCGGACUUUGCGGGACAAGCAGGUUGCGACUCGCCGGUACCAAGCAGGGACGAAUUGAUCAAGAAGGCCUUUACUCCUCUGGUCGAUGCCCCGGACGAGCUUGUCCCGGGUGGGAUGAACUACGAUGACCUACCAUGUCCUGCGAAAGGCUGCAAAGGAUGCAAAGGUCCACGCUGCACGAGAAACAAUGGGGAUGGAGACAGAGACGUUUCCAAAACUAGCGCCAAACCUGCCCCAUCGAUUCGGACCGGCCAGCCCGAAAGCAGAGCGCAAGAAACUCUGACACCAUCCGUCUCCUCUACGCUGAUCACUUCCACGCUCUCACAGACGCCUGAUAUAUCGACUAUACCUUCAACCCCCAUCUCUUCAUCGUCUACUUCGCCAGCAGCUACAUCGUCCGCGCUCGAUUGCAAAGCGUUGGGAGCACUGGCAAGAGAACAGGAUCCACUUCAAGAGGAGCUUCGCAAGCGCAGUUACCCCAUCACUUUGUCACUAGAGUCUGUUGAGAAGCGCAAACCCAAGGAGGCGAACGUAUGUGGUGCGGAUUUCAACAGCUGGGAUUUUCCAAGCUCUGGACGUUGGGGGAAGAAUCCACCCACGACAUUGAAGAAGUACGGGUUCAACGAGCGCGACUCUUGCGACAAUUAUGACUGGGACAACCCAGACCCCACCGCCAAAUAUCAAACCGAACAUGUUCUCGAAUGGCAGACUGUGGCCAGCUUCUUCACUUGGAUGGACGAAGCGGCCACCAAGGCCAACAAAAAAUAUGACCAUCCGGACCUUAGCAAAGCUGGGGAGAAAGUGGGAUUUUGCGUGCCAGCUAUUCCACACAACGGACCAGCGAUACUCCAACGCCCCUUUCAGUGGAUAGCUAGUCAGUAUCCCUAUAAGAAAGCCAAGGAGCAAGGUUGGUUAGAUGAGUUCAAGCUGCUAGAGCAGGCACUCAAUGGCGAAAACAAGUCCAAGCUAUUCGACAUAAAAAAGAAAACAACGGGCGAGUAUUCGAAUAUUCGUGUACCCGAGAAAAUGGAGUUCUUGAUUCAAGGACGUUCGAACGAGGACGGCAUCAAAGCUCUUGAUGCUGCCUCUCAAGCACGCGUCGCCGUACAAAGGCUACGCCAGAUGACAGGAACCUUGAAGUACAUGCAGGACAAAGAUAUAGCAGAAAUCUUCGCCAGAGAAAAGAACAGAAUCGGAGCGAUCAUUGGGCACAUCGACGAGCAAUUGACUAAAACACCUCGGAAAUCAUCACCGGGAGUUGGAAAGAGCUAUACAUGGGUGAAGCAAGACCUUCAAAAGGAAUGGAACAAGUACAUGGAAUUCACGUUUGAGCAUGCAAGGAAGAGGGCAACAGAUUUUAUGGCAACAUGGCUAAAAGCUCUCAAGGAAGAGUGGGAGUCCUCGAAGAAGACUGAAGUGGCCAAGGACUUCAAGGGUAAUGCCCAGGCGAAACAGAUCAAGAAAAAGGAGCUGGAACAGACACAGAAGGAUAUACUGGCCCUUGUUAAGAAGACUGAAGACGAAUGGGACAAAGUCAAAGACUGGAAGAAGCCGGCGAACUGGAACGAAAAGGACGAAGAAGACACAGGAGACGAUGGCGCCGAUCAAGAAGACCAAGAAGCAGCAGGCCAAGAUGCAGUCUGA